CACACAGGGAGUGUUGUGUUUGCACGAGCCAAGAGCGUACAUUUUCUGCUGAUGUGAAGUUACAAAAAAAGACUUUGCAAAAGUUUUUAUUUUUAUCACACAUAGUUCUCGGUUACGCAAAGGCGGAAAAAAGCAUCUCAACAAUGGCAGUCUUCAAUAAUUUCACGAAGAUAUGCAGGAAGAACUUUCAGAGCAACCAGUUGAAUAAGCAGCUGUUCUACGUUGUGCGUUCCUUACACAAGUCAGCAGCCAGCGAGGCUUUGGGGAUCUCUGCAACAGAAGAAGAGACCAUGCCCAACAGGAUGAUCAAACCGGAGGAGGUCAGCGAGAAAACUCAAAUCAAGACCCUGAACGACAUGCCCGGACCGAACACCCUGUCCAACUUGAUCGAGUUCUUUUGGAAGGACGGGUUUGGCAGAAUCCAUGAAAUUCAGAUGGAGCACCGGAAGAAGUAUGGGAAGAUCUUCAAGUCUCGUUUUGGGCCCCAGCUGGUGGUCUCCGUUGCAGAUCGUGACAUGGUGGCUCAGGUGCUGAGGGCAGAGGGGGUGGCCCCUCAGAGGGCUAACAUGGAUUCCUGGAAGGAGUACAGAGACAUGAGAGGACGGGCCACUGGGCUCAUCUCAGCGUGAGUCCCCUUCAGUGUUCAAACCAUGAGUUUUGGCAACCUCAGGAAAUAAUACCUUGAUCUGAGCAGAUGUGUUGAUUAGAUUUCCAGCGUGGUGGACGACCUCAUCCAGAGGGUGUACAGUCUGCGCACCCAGCAGCCGGAUAGAGCAACUGUCCUCAAUGUGAAUGACCUCUUCUUUAAAUAUGCCAUGGAAGGAGUGGCCGCUAUUUUGUACGAAUGCAGACUAGGAUGUUUGGAAAAUAAUAUUCCCCAGAAAACCCAGGACUACAUCGCUGCACUGAACCUCAUGUUUAGCUCCUUCAAGAUGACCAUGUAUGCUGGAGCGAUCCCCAAGUGGCUCCGACCCAUUAUCCCCAAACCAUGGGAGGAGUUCUGUCUGUCCUGGGAUGGUCUUUUCAAAUUCAGCAUUGUUCACGUCAAUAAGAGGCUCUCGGAGAUCAAGGCCCAGCUGGAGCGGGGAGAGGAGGUGAAGGGGGGACUGCUCACACACAUGCUCAUUACCAGGGAGAUGAGCGUCGAGGAGAUCUACGCUAACGUAACAGAGAUGCUGCUGGCUGGGGUCGACACGACAUCCUUUACCCUGUCAUGGGCCUGCUACCUGUUAGCACGACACCCUCAUGUACAGCAUCAAAUCCACACAGAAAUUAAAAAGACUCUGGAACCCGGAGCAGUCGCCACAGCCGAGGACGUCUCUAACCUGCCGCUCAUCAGAGGGCUGGUUAAAGAGACUCUCAGGCUCUUUCCAGUUCUUCCAGGCAAUGGACGGAUCACCCAGGAUGACUUGGUAGUUGGUGGAUAUUUCAUCCCCAAAGGAACUCAGCUGGCCCUGUGCCACUACUCCACAUCUCUGGAAGAAGAGAACUUUUCGGAGCCUUUAGACUUUCAACCAGAUCGCUGGAUACGGAAAGAUACCACAGAUCGUGUUGACAACUUUGGCUCCAUUCCCUUUGGCUAUGGCAUCAGGAGCUGCAUUGGGAGGAGAAUUGCAGAGUUGGAGAUGCAUUUAGCUCUCAUAAGGCUCAUUCAGAAGUUCCACAUCUGCCUUUCUCCUCUCACUGCUGACAUCAAAGCCAAAACCCACGGCCUGCUUUGCCCCGGUGCCCCCAUCCACCUGCAGUUCAUCGACCGGGAAGUGGACGCACUCUCUUCUCCGUGAAGUCCGCUGUACUGUUGGAAGUUUUUAAACACUCUGCUUUUAGACACACUCUCCACUCCUAUAUUUUAGAUUAUGAGCUGAGAAUGAGGUUUUACUCAGGAAUGAAAUGUGUACAUUAGCGACUAGGACGCAUAUCCAGGACAAAUAUAAGCUGUAAGAAUAACAUUUGGACUGAAAAUCAACUUUUUUUUUUGUUUUGUUUUUUGAUUGUAACUACUUCUGUGAUUCAAUUAAAUAUGGAAAAAUUAAACUGAUCUCAAUGAAAAUCUUUACAUACUCUGACUGUAGCCUCUUACACUAUUGUGCAUGUAUGCAUAUAAUGUGGUCACAAAUAUUAAUGCAUGUAGACAUUCUGUUUCCUCUGAGUUUGAGCUAGGGCAGCUGUGAAUGUACUUAGCUUAGCUAAGUUAGCGUAGCUGUUUAUAACAAGCUUUACUCAAAGACUGUUACGAACCAAAUUUUGUUAAUUUUUUUUCCCUUUAAAACUAGCAUCAUUAUUAUUUUUUUUUUUAUUUGAUUAUUUUAUUUUUUUGCUUUAAUUUCUAGUGAAUAAGUGCAUUCAUAUACCGAAAAGGCAUUACAUGACUUUAAUCUGUGUACUGUAUAUCUCUGAAGUACAGACAAGAAAUGGUUUAAAAUAAAUUAACUUUUUUUUUUUUUUUAAAAACAUGGCAACUAGUUGAAUUCUCUCAUGAGCUACAAGCAAUGAAUGUAAGUGCACAUUUUCCAUUAAUCAAUCCACUGCCUAAGUUUUCAGGGGUUUGGAUCAAAGAAUGUGGUUAGACUUUUUGGUUUGUUUGCUAUUUGUGAGAAAGUCCUCACUAGCAUAUGUUUUAUUGUUGUGGCAUUUGUUGCUUUUGUUUGUUUUUGAGAUGGAAAAAGGUAUGUUACAGUACAGUUUGUUGGAAAGGAGAGAGGCAAGUUGUUUGCGUGCGUCAGCGUGAAGAAUCUCACUGGUUGGCAAUGAAGAAAAAACACUUUAAUUUUUAUCUGCUUUUUUGCCUCUGUAUUUUUUUGUUUGUUUUGUAGUUCCACUGAA